AUGGAUUCCUGUUGGCUAUGGCUUGCUGGGCGAUUUCCCGCCUGAAAGAGGAGAAAGUCUGCGCCCGCGCCAAGCCCGCUUUGGCAGAGCGUGUGCUUGCCCGUCUUCCCCCCUGCUGUUCCUCCUCCGCCAGAUCGCAUCGUGCAUCGUGCAUCGUCGCCGCCAUCUGCACACCAUGUCCAUCAUCAACUACGCUGUCUUUUUGACGCUCUGCGUCGAGAUCGUUCUCUUCCUGGCCCUGCUUCUGCCGCUCCCGGCUGCCUGGCGUCGCCCAGUCCUCCUGUCGAUCUCGAAGAGCCAGCUGCUCAAGAAAGCCCAGCCGGCCGUCAGCAUCGUGCUUGCCAUCGUCGCCUUGGCAUUCUUCCAGGCCUGGUCCGAUGCCUUCCCGGACGAGAAACCGCACCACCACCACCACGGCGAUGAUCAUGACCAUGUCCAUACGGUCGAUGCCAUCAACCUGCAAUAUGCCUUCAACAAGAAGAUCUAUGGCCAGCGCAACCUGUACUUGACCGGGUCCGUUCUCUUCCUGGCCCUCACCAUCGCUCGUGUUUUUUACAUCAUGAUCGAGCAAGUUACCUUUGAAGAGAAAACCAAGGCCGCCAUGAAGCAAGCCCAAGGAUCGCAGACGGCCUACCUGACCUUGGUUGAGGAGUCCGAAACCAAGGACAAGACCAUAGCCGACCUGAAAAAGGAGCUCGAAACGGCCAAGAAAUCGUCCACGGACAUUGAAACCCUGAAGAAGCAGGCAAAGUCCCUUAACGAUGAGUACAUGCGGCUCACGGACCACUGCGCCAGUCUGGAGAAGCAACUGGACCAGCGACAAGAGAGCAGAAAAGACAAGUGAAUGCCUUCCUUCAGCCCUCCGGCUUACUCAAAUCCAGCGAUCGCAAAGUGAACCAGGACGCCAUGUUUUUGAUGGCAUUGGUUGCCUCCCUCCACCGGCGAUGCCGAAUAUAUGCAUGUCCAAUCGCUGUAGGGUGCUAUAGACUGGAUACCAAGCCUCAGCAGGGUCUCUUUGGCGGUCAGCGUUCGAGCGACCACCCAACGAC